GCGGUCUCUAUUUAUAGUGUCUCGCAUCUAUUUCACUGUUAGCCCGCAGUGCAGAAAUGUCCGGAGACGCGAACGUCCAAAAACAAGCGCGGAAGCACCGAAAAACGCGCGAGAUAUUGCGACCGCGCGGGCGCGUCCUCACGUCGAUAAUGUUCGGUGAUCGAUCGAUUCUACAUAUCCAAUCUACCCGACUCUGAUAAUCAGAUCUGACCAACUGACGCGAAUUAAAUCCCAGUACUCAUUAGACGAUGCAAUUACGCGCAAUCACGGCACGCGAGCUUAUGCAACCGUUUUCAACACCACCUGUUUGUUACAGUGCCGUAUCCAGUAAUCAUUUUACGGUGUAUGAAAGUGACCGAGUGUUUGUGAUACUAGUUUCCUAGUUAAAAUAGGCCAUUUUUGUGUUGCUCAUAUAUUUUAUGUUUCGGGUGAAAAACAAAUAUGACAUUGGAACUAUUUUACGCUUCGCCUGGCGACGCGCCAAAAUUAACACUGAACAGCUGACUGUAAAUAAACAAGUGUUUGCUGAUAAAAACGUAACGUGUUAUUGACAAACAAUCAAGAAAAUUAUCAACAUGUCCGAAAAAAAAGACGGUGAUCAUAGUGACGAUCCCAUAAUAGAUGAUAAUGUAAUUCGAAUUCAACUGAGAAAGCCCUGCCAACAAAAAUGGGAAUUACGGACGCGAAAUCUGUCUCCUGGGAUCAGAUUUCCUACGAUACAACUUUUUGAUAGUGAAGGAAAUCUCCUCGUGGAGACAAAUGAUGAAAACGUUUCCAUAAAGACUUGCGAUGAGCACUCCAUCAGGGGAAGCCAGUCGUUGCGGGAGAAAGAUUUCAAACAUUGCAUUAGCAAGAACUCGAUAAGGAAACAUAAUUCCGUCGCUGGAGACAAAAUUUAUACAAGAGUAUUUCGUAUGCCUGUCGUAAUUAACGAUAAUGUUGAGGGAGAUAAUAAACGUUACAUUAUACGAAAUUCCGGCAGUGUAACAAACAUUCCAAGUAAACUUACAUUAAACACGAACUUUUCUAAUUUGCAAAUAAAUAGCCUCGAAACCACCCCUUUCCAGUCCGAAGGCGCUAGUGAAGUUAGCAGUUACAAAAGUUCUGACAACGAUAGCUGUAUCGAUGACACGAAGCCAAUAUCGAAUGAAACCGAAACCAAGUCAAUAUUGAAAAUGAAUGGCAUAACUUCAACAGAAAGUUCGUCUGAAUUUUCAAUGGAUGCAAAAAAGAAUGAAUCUGAAUUUGAAAUAGGUACGAUGCUUCAUAAAUCCCAGUCAUUGAAAGAUGCCAUUCAAAGAAGAGGUUCCACAGAAGGGCAUAAAAAUGACACUUUGGCGCGUUCCAAAUCUGGAGUUUUGUAUAAUGGGCCUAGCAAUAAGAUAUCGUUCCUGAACACUUACUUAAAAAGCCUACCCUCGCGGUCCGGGUCUAAUCCGGAUUGGUGUACUGUACACAGGCGAAAAACAAUGAAAUUUUCACUAAAUUCUGCCGAAGCAUUGAAGCACCACGAGUCACCUGAAUUUUUUUUACGAAAACCAUGCCUUCAAAAAGUACGGGAUAACACAUCAGAGAACGGAUUCAUUAAUAUUCCCACGGACGCGGCGACGGCUUGUGAAAUGAAUAAACGCCUAAAAAUGUACAGACGUGGCUUUUCAGAAAUCGAACCACGGAAUCAUUUAGAGAGUGUGACUAUGAGACAGCGGAGUCACUCCGUGUCGGAAAACUUGCGGAUUGUCCGCACUUCGUCGUCCGAAAGUGUGGACGAAGCAGACAUGGUGCUUAGCCGACUGAAGAGGAGAAUACUCAAGAAUAAGUUGAGAGAGAAAAAGCGGAGCCUUGGUUCUAAGUACCUUUUCAAUAACCGCAACUGCCGCUGGAGUAACGAUCAGUCAACAGAAGAUUGGCGCGAUGCGGGGGGCGGGGCCCUGCUGAGGUCCCGCCACGGUAUGGGCUCUAACAUCAGCCAGCACUCCGCCAAAGGGCUAAAAGGUCGACGCGCCAGGUCUAGUGGCGACCUUUGCAAUGGCGACACCAAGAGCCAGACUGAAAGUUCCGUCUGCGGAUCUGUGGUGGGCGACGCCAUGGGCUGGAACAGGUCGCUGCCAAAUCAUUUGGACGGAAAUAGACAUUUAGCUGAAUACAGCCGGGUGAACAACAGCUAUGGGGAGUUCGGAACAUACAACAGAACACAUCCUAAAGGAGGACGCGGACUACGAUACCGAGUGUCCAAAUCUGGGUCGGACGCAGAGCCCGUAUGGAAGCUACAGGACCCGGGCUUCGACCAGGGCUACGGCUCGGAGCGGUCGCCGGAGGACGACUACGUGCCGCCCAUCGUUCCCGCCGCUGUCUCCGCCGUCUCCCUGCAGGAGUACGAGGCGGAGCUGAGAGUCAUGUACCCAUUCAUCAAUGAUGAAAAUACAUUCACCGUAGUAGUGGAGAAGGACGGCCGAGGCCUAGGUAUGUCAGUGUGCGGCGGAGGAGGCCUAGUACGGAUCCGGCGGUUAUACCCGCCGCAGCCAGCAUGGAAGACCGGCAAGCUAGCCCCCAAAGAUCUCCUGCUCGCGGCCAACGGCGUGCCGCUCGCUGGGCUAAGCACUUAUGAAGCCCUGGAGGUGCUCCGGACGGCGUCGCCGAGGGUCGAGCUGCGAGUCUGCCGGCCUCCCCACGACGUGCUGGAGAGCGUGACCCCGCCUGACCCCCCGACGCCGCCUGCGAGGACCCCUCACCCACCACACUUACCGCUACCGCAGCAUCUGCCGUUAGAUCCGCUCAACUGUCAUCCAUUGCACGCGAGGUUAUCAGCAACAACUAGCAGUGCGACCACCUCGUCAUCUGAAGGGCGAGGGCGGCGCGAGGCGAGCCCCGAACCAGACCGGCGGGAGCUACGUCUUCCGGACCUCGACCGUCCGCUCCCCGUCUACGACAUACAAUACGGGGAUGAUGGAUCGGUGGAGUUCGACAUAGUGAUGACGAAAGUUAACGGCUCACUGGGUUUCACACUCCGUAAGGAGGACCAUAGCGCGCUAGGGCACUACGUGCGCGCCCUGGUGCGCGAGCCCGCGCUCAGCGACGGCCGGAUACAGCCCGGCGACCGGAUUGUCGCGGUGAACGACACAGCGAUGUCGAACAUGUCGCAUGCAGCGGCCGUGGCGUUCCUGCGCGCGUGUGGCUCGGAGGUGCGUCUGCGGCUGUACCGCGACCACGCAGCGACACCACUGUCGCCCAUGUCACCCAAGGAGGAGCCUACCGACUCUGACCCAGCACCGCCCCGGCCUAAACCCCCGCUAAGGCCCGAAGCGGUGUCGAUGUUGUGCGACCUGGCGGCGCGGCGACUCACCCCCGACGCGGUGGACGGCUCACGCUCCCCCUGCCUCUCGCCCCGCAAGUUCCGCAGACUGACCAAGGACAACAACCACUAUGAGCAGCCUAAUGAUGCGCCAACACAACCGACUGAACUAAAGUCACAUAUGGAAACUCCGGAAAGGCGGGUGUCUCGGGCACACUCUGUAGCUCUGGCCAGCCCCACCGCCCCGCCGACUUGUAGAAAACAAAAGCUAAGCCUGGCAGUACCACCGCACGCAUAUGAACUAAAUAAUUUAGACAACGAUGCGUUGGAUGCUCGCAAUGCCUACCAGGAGGACCGGAACCGGCAGAGAUACGAGCCCUCGUUCGUAGACUCUGAUGAGCCGGUUUCCAUGCCAGCUGAACUGUCCAGCGAUGAGGCGAGAUUUAAACAUUCUACUCCCAUGUACCAAAGUGCUGUACUGAUGACUUCUGACGGAGAAGUUAAGGAUGACAGCGGAUUGAAGAAGUGGAAAGCAGUCGCUCUAUCGCCGGACAGCGAGCGGAAGGCGAAGGAAGCGCGGGCGCCGUCCGCCGCGAAGCCGAAGGAGGUCGAGAUCGUCCAGAAGGAGAACAUACAACCUGACCCAAAUAACCUAGACAGCAAUCAUUCGGAGCCUACAAUAAUGACGGUGGAGCUGAACCGCGGGUGGAACAGCAGGCUGGGGUUUAGCGUGCAGAGCCACCCGGACUCGGGGCAGAGCUACAUCUCCGCCGUGUACAGCGACAGUGUCGCCGCGCGCGACGGCCGGCUGCGACGGGGAGACGUCAUCCUACAGGUCAACGAUGAAAACGUGACGUCAAUGAAAACUCCAGAAGUAAUAGACUUGCUCCGGUUGCUCCGCGGCUCUAUCUGCAUCACCGUGCUGAGGCCCCCGAACGGCCCGAACCCACAGUGAACGCGACAACCAACUACUUAACUCCAAAGAAUAGUAUCUUCAAUAUUGCUUUAAGACAGAUACGUUAGGCCUAAAUGGAAUGGCUAAACUUUCAUCCCUGGUCUAUUUCAAGCUUUUUGACUAAGAAGUGCAUAAGCCAAUAGUUGUGUUUUUAUUUUCAAUUGGCUUAUUAACAAGUGACACGCAACAUAUCUCAAUGGUGUAUCUCCAGUAAUUUAAAAUAAUCUAUUUGUAAAAUAGAUAUGAAAUUUAUUUGCGUGGAGUGACAUUUCACAAUUAAUGAGCAGAGGCUCUUAAAAAUCUGUUUAAAGUUCCUAAACUUUGGCUCAGAAUUUAUUCCACGUCAGCCCGAGAAACUAUAGAUUUUUAAUAGGAUAUCUAACAUGUAAUAAAACACUAUUAUUGUUAAUAAGUUACCUUAUAGUAUACAUAAUGUUAACUUGCGAAAUUGAUCUCUUUAGGAUUCUCAAAUUUUAAUUCAAGUUUUAUUAAAUUGUAAUUAUUAAAAAUAAUACGUUAUUUAAAUAAAAUUAAUCACCAUCACACGACCAACCUUGCGCAACGAAUAAAAUAUCAAAUUAUUUUCAACGUAUAAAAACUCUUAGUAAUAAUUUUCUUGUCAUAUAUAAUGAUAUGUAAAGUAAUGAAAGUGCAUUCCACAAGAUUGUACAUAAUGUAACAUAAAAUAACAUAAAAGGUAGUUUGUCGUAUCGGAUUCACCGUAGUCAAAAGUACCAUUACAAAUGAUAACUUGAAGUGGUACCAGAGACGGGUGCAUUGUAUGGUGUGUCCGUAGAUUUAUGAUGUUUGUGUAAAUAGUAGAGUGUGUAACGAGAGCAUUAAACAAUCCCUUUGUCAAUUCAAAUUGGCUUGCUCGAGCUAUAAACUCUGCUUUUGACUACGAUUGGGUUGAAAAUAAAUAUAAAUAAAUAUAAAGUUAAUUUAUCGUACCUAUUUAAAUUCGUAGCACCUUGACCCUGCCUGUACGGGAGCAGAGAUCAGGCGGUUUGGCACUUGCCUGUGGUGGGUUGUGGCAGUGGGCUCUCUAUUGCAAACACAAUGUGGUCUUAGGUGAUUAUACAUUUAUUCACUACAGCAUGAAACCCUAUUUUAUGCAGCCCAUUUCCUUCCUUAAAGACGAACAUUACGAGCAUGAGAAGUGCAGCACGUAUGGAAAUAGUAGUCAGACCCAAAUCCAAUUAACGGAAUAUUGGUAACAUAAAGUUAAUGUUAAUGCACACCACAGUUUCCAAUAGGUACUGAAAAUUCUAGUCAAAUCUAAAUUAUAAUCGAAAUAAUCUCGUUAUAGUCUUUGAUUAUAAAUAAAUAUAAUGAUAUUGAGUAUUCUUAAACACGUAUAUUUAAAAGAAAACGAUAUUAUACAUAGAUAAAAAAGUACUAACAGAAAGUUAUAUUAAAUAGAUAAUUCUUAAAUGAUUUCGUAUAAAGGUGUUGUCAACUCAGAAGAUUUUAUCGACAAAUCAACUCAAAAAAUCUAUUUUAUUAUUAUGGUAUUAGAUUUUAAGGUGAAAAUGUAGAAAAUCCUUGCACAUAAUAAACCUGAACGAACGAAACAACUGAUAUUCUAAAAUUAUUGUGAUGGAUAUGUGUUAAUAUUAACUACUGUAAAUGUGACUUCUAGAGUAAAGAUAUAGUCUGUUGUCGUUAGGGAAAAUGAAUGAAUUGAUGUAUCUAUAGGACGGUUAUCCAUAUUCAAACACUCGCUUAUUUAAUGUCAACGUAAAAAGUUGUAGAGCGAAACUCAUAGGUACAUGUUCUAAAACGACAUUUGAUUUUUGAAAGCACGAUCUUGAUUUAAAUAUUAUUGACAGCUAAUGCAUCUCGCUCGUAUUAUUUUUAUAUAACCACACUCUCACUAAUAGGUGUAUAUAUACAAAUAUAUAAUAUAUAUAUAUAUAUAUACGUCUUACAGCUCGCAUUUUUCAACCUAUUUUCGUGAAAUUUUGUGUCCAGGUUUGGUAAUUUUAUAGUUUAUUUUUUUAAAUCAGUUUGGAACUUCAAAAUGUCGGAGCCAUGGAUCUGUUACAUCUUCCCAGGAAAACCGCACCAACAAGUUUUACAUCAAUGCUUUGUACGCACACUCUUGCACAAUUAUUUCAUUUUAUUUAAAAUAUAUUUUAUUUAUUUGUGACUCCGCAGCAUUCCACGUUGACUUGGAACAAAAUAAAGACUUGCGCACGGAGAGAAAGACGUAGGUUUGUUUUUUUAGUUGUAAUUACCCAUUGAUUUACCUUAAUGGAGAACAACUACAUCAAUAGCAAAUCAAUAGCAUGAUGACUUGAUGACAUAUUCAGAAAAGAAAACAUAAAAACUUUAGACAUUCCAAUAAGAAAUAGGCAAUAUGUAAGUCAAAAGUAUAUCUGCGAUUGGCAACUGGUGAAUGCCACUAACAAUAAGAAAAAGAGCAGUACAACAAAGUGAACAGAGUAACAAAAAUACACAUUUUACCUGUACAUUACCUAUAGCUCGUAAUACCUACGUGCGCGAUAGUCAAAGUACCUACUUCUUGAUACCAAUAUACCAUAUCACGUGCUAUUUUUUUUUUCCUAGAAUAUCAAAUUAAUUUUCACGUCUUUUUAUUUUGCUCAAUUACCUAUAUGUUAAAUUGGUUUUAAUGAAGUGUAAUUAAUAAUAAUUAUGAUUGUGUCAUCUAUGUUAUAACACGGUUUGUUUCAGUUCAGACUUGUGAGCGUUACACGGUUACAUUUUACCACUUGUAUGAGUUGCUUGUAUAGAUGUGAAUGUUGCGAUGGAUGCCUUAAAAAUAAAGACUAGGCCAUAUUUAUGUUACUGGAAUGAUGGAAUUACUUUAAGGAAGUAAGGAUAUGUGUCAGUCAAGAACAAAAGGAUGUACGAUAUAGGUACUUAAUUAUGGUACUAUAACAUAAAAUAAAGAAUAAUAAAUUAA